AUGGAGGAUGCUGGAAACAAGGAGCUGAGCAGCACAAGAGAGCCAAGAGAAGUGGACUGCCUGAUGUCUAGUCAACCGAGCACAUCCUUUGCAAAGCCCCCUGCAAAGACAAACAGAGCAAACAAGACAGCAAAAGAGGACGAUUGUAAAUCAAACAAGAAAGCAGGAGAUGCUGAGACUCCCAAACCCACUCCUAGGAAAAUUGAAUUAGAGAACAUUCCUGACACACCGAGAGAGGCCAGGGUGAAGAUACGUCGGAAAAAAUUGAAGACGGAGACGGAGGAGGGACAAGAGUCUUGUCCUCAGGUGAUAGUUCCUCUUGAAGUGGUCCCUGUACCCGAGGAGCAGAUGCCCGCCCUUACUGAACCUCCUGUCCUCCAUGGAGAGGUCAGCACGACCGUUGUGACCACAGCCACCUCUGAGGCAGUGUUGGCGUCUUGGUCCAGGAUUGUAACCAAUGCUAACAAGAAUGAGGCCCUGCAGUCCAUUACAACACCCGAGACAUAUGGGGAUCUGUGGUGUGUGGUCCAUGGGAGAAGCCUUCCAGCAGACUCAAGAGGUUGGGUUCGGCUCCAGUUCCACGCUGGACAAGCCUGGGUACCUGAGAAGAAGGGGAAAGUGAUUGCCCUCUUCUUGCUGCCAGCCUGCACAUUUCCACCCCUACACCUGGAGGAUAACAUGCUGUGCCCCACGUGUGUUCACAAGAACAGGAUCCUCAAUAAGAGCCUCCAAGGAUAA